AUGGCAUCUAUAACGUCCGGAUACACAUCAUACGAAUCACCACCUUCACCACCCGCUACAGAAGAAGAGAGGGAGAGUAUACCCUCGUUGGCUCAGGAUGCGUAUGAGUUGUUGGGACAACAGGAUUCAAAGAUGAUGGAGCUAGGCGAUUUCAUAGCGGAACUUCGAGAUCUCGAUCUCCGAACGGCAGAAACUUGGAUUAGUAUCGUUGAAUGA